AGAUGUUGAAGCUGAAGAUGGAGCCAGUGUUUACUGAAUAACAGGGAGGAGGUGGUUGGUUGGCCCGCCUCUUAGCCCGCGAAGCUGCGGUCUGAUUGGUGGGGAAGUGGGACUGUCAAUGAUAAAGGUUCCUAGAUUAGCUGUUAGCUGUCGAUUCUUCACAACAUUCACUGAUAACAUAUCGUUAACGCGAGCACCGGGGGAAAAAACGUUUUCUAUGAAGAUUGAAGUCAGGGCCACAGCAGCUUCACACCGUUUCCAGGCAGCAUGAACUCCCUCCCAGGAAAAGCCGUUCUGUCUCUGUGCAGGCGCACGGCAGCAGCGGGUGGGAUGAGAGUCUUUGCCGGUUCGCCGGGUCACCCCGCUGGGGGCAUGCCCGCCGGCAGGGCCUCUCUCCCGGCUGUGCGCGUCUGCCACUCCGGAACGGGUCGCAAGGGCAGCGUCAGCACCAAGAAAAGGGGCUACGACAUCACCAGAAACCCACACCUCAACAAGGGAAUGGCAUUCACCCUGGAGGAGCGCUUACAACUGGGCAUCCACGGCCUGCUGCCCCCCUGCUUCCUCUCCCAGGAUGUGCAAGUGCUGCGUGUCAUGAAGAGCUAUGAAACACGCAUCAAUCCUCUGGACAAGUACAUCCUGCUGAUGACGCUGCAGGACAGAAACGAGAAGUUGUUCUACCGCUUGCUGACCUCUGACAUCGAGGAGUUCAUGCCCAUCGUAUACACUCCCACUGUCGGCCUGGCGUGCCAACAGUAUGGACUCGCCUUCAGGAGACCACGAGGACUUUUCAUCACCAUCCAUGAUAAAGGCCACAUUGCCACCGUGCUCAACUCCUGGCCUGAAGAAGACAUAAAGGCCAUUGUGGUGACAGACGGGGAGCGUAUCCUCGGCCUGGGUGACCUGGGAAGCUACGGAAUGGGUAUUCCUGUUGGGAAGCUGGCGCUCUACACAGCCUGUGGAGGUGUUCGGCCGCAGCAGUGUCUCCCUGUGCUGCUGGACGUCGGCACUGACAACCAGACGCUGCUCGAUGACCCCCUGUACAUCGGACUGAAGCACAAGAGAAUCAGAGGAAAGGAGUAUGACGAGCUGGUCGACGAGUUCAUGCAGGCAGUGACAGACAAGUACGGGAUGAACUGUCUGAUACAGUUUGAGGAUUUUGCCAACACCAAUGCUUUUCGCAUCCUCAACAAAUACAGGAAUCGAUACUGCACCUUCAAUGACGACAUCCAAGGCACGGCCUCAGUAGCUGUUGCCGGGAUCUUAGCUGCUCUGAAGAUCACCAAGAACAAACUCUUAGACCACACCUUUGUUUUCCAGGGGGCGGGUGAGGCUGCUCUUGGUAUCGCUCAUCUGCUCAUGAUGGCCAUGGCCAAACGGGGAUUAAGUAGAGAAGAAGCUGCCAAGAAGAUCUGGUUGGUUGAUUCAAAAGGUCUCAUUGUAAAGGGAAGAGGCCAUCUUAACCACGAGAAAGAGGAGUUUGCUCACGAUCACCCACAUGUGAAGACCCUGGAGGAGGUGGUGCACACCAUCAAACCCACCGCGAUCGUAGGAGUGGCUGCUAUCACAGGAGCAUUUACUGAGAAGAUUAUCAAAGACAUGGCAUCCUUCAAUGAGAGGCCGAUCAUCUUUGCCCUGAGUAAUCCCACCAGCAAGGCGGAGUGCACAGCAGAGCAGUGCUACACGCUCACAGAGGGCCGUGGCAUCUUUGCCAGUGGAAGUCCGUUCAACAAGGUGACGCUGGCUGAUGGACGCACCUUCUACCCCGGCCAGGGAAACAACGCCUACGUCUUCCCUGGAGUCGCUUUGGGUGUUAUUGCCUGUGGAGUGCGACACAUAUCUGACGACGUCUUCCUCACCACAGCCGAGGCGAUAGCUGACAUGGUAACCGAGGAGAACCUGGCUGAGGGAAGACUUUAUCCUCCUCUCAACACCAUAAGAGAGGUGUCCUUCAAGAUUGCAGUUAAGAUUGUCAACCAUGCAUACAAACACAACAUGGCUUCGCUGUACCCUGAACCGAAAGACAAAGAGGCGUUUGUGCUGUCUCACAUCUACAGUCCAGAUUACGACUCCUUCACUCUGGACACAUACAGCUGGCCACAGGACGCCAUGAACGUCCAGGACGUGUGAUUUUGACUCUCUCCCUCUCAACUCAAUAUGCUGCUGUGGUGACGCAUACUAUUUCUGUAUUGCCUCUGUUCAGAAACGUCACCAAUGAUUGUCACAUUUUUGCUUUUUUUGCUUGUUUCUUUCAUUUAUAAAUGUUAUUAAGUCUCUGCCCUCCUUUCAGACGAACAGUGGUCAUUAUAAUUCAGAUGUCUCUAUAAUUCUCUUAACUGUUGAAAAUAUCAAGUUGUAUUUUUCUCUUUCAGUGUUGUACUUUUUGUUUUUAAUCACUUCUCUGUAGCUGAUUGAAGGUCUGACUGAAUAUUUUAUAGCCGCACACACACAAACAUCAUAUCAAAUAU